AUGCCACCCCAUACCCGACCACCUACCCCCAUACCGACCACCUACAACCCAUACCCGACCACCUACCCCCAUACCGACCACCUACCUCCCAUAUCCAACCCCCUACCUCCCAUACCCAACCACUUACCCUAUACCCGACCACCUACCCCCAUACCCGACCACCUACCCCCAUACCGACCACCUACCCCCAUACCGACCACCUACCCCCAUACCCGACCACCUACCCCCAUACCGACCACCUACCUCCCAUAUCCAACCCCCUACCUCCCAUACCCAACCACCUACCCCCAUACCCGACCACCUACAACCCAUACCCGACCACCUACCCCCAUACCGACCACCUACCUCCCAUAUCCAACCCCCUACCUCCCAUACCCGACCACCUACCCCCAUACCCGACCACCUACAACCCAUACCCGACCACCUACCCCCAUACCGACCACCUACCUCCCAUAUCCAACCCCCUACCUCCCAUACCCAACCACUUACCCUAUACCCGACCACCUACCCCCAUACCCGACCACCUACCCCCAUACCGACCACCUACCCCCAUACCCGACCACCUACCCCCAUACCGACCACCUACCUCCCAUAUCCAACCCCCUACCUCCCAUACCCGACCACCUACCCCCAUACCGACCACCUACCUCCCAUACCCAACCACUUACCCCCAUACCCGACCACCUACCUCCCAUAUCCAACCCCCUACCUCCCAUACCCGACCACCUACCCCCAUACCGACCCCCUACCUCCUAUACCCAACCACUUACCCCCAUACCCGACCACCUACCCCCAUACCCGACCACCUACCCCCAUACCGACCACCUACCCCCAUACCAACCACCUACCCCCAUACCCGACCACCUACCCCCAUACCGACCACCUACCUCCCAUAUCCAACCCCCUACCUCCCAUACCCGACCACCUACCCCCAUACCGACCACCUACCUCCCAUACCCAACCCCCUACCUCCCAUACCCGACCACCUACCCCCAUACCGACCACCUACCUCCCAUACCCAACCCCCUACCCCCAUACCGACCACCUACCUCCCAUACCCAACCCCCUACCCCCAUACCGACCACCUACCUCCCAUACCCAACCCCCUACCCCCAUACCGACCACCUACCCCCAUACCCGACCACCUACAACCCAUACCCGACCACCUACCCCCAUACCGACCACCUACCUCCCAUAUCCAACCCCCUACCUCCCAUACCCAACCACCUACCCCCAUACCCGACCACCUACAACCCAUACCCGACCACCUACCCCCAUACCAACCACCUACCUCCCAUAUCCAACCCCCUACCUCCCAUACCCAACCACCUACCCCCAUACCCAACCACCUACCCCCAUACCGACCACCUACCUCCCAUAUCCAACCCCCUACCUCCCAUACCCAACCACCUACCCCCAUACCCGACCACCUACAACCCAUACCCGACCACCUACCCCCAUACCAACCCCCUACCUCCCAUACCCAACCCCCUACCUCCCAUACCCAACCAUCUACCCCCAUAUCGACCACUUACACCCCAUACCUGA